AUGGAAUGCUACAAAGAGGUAUGCUGUAGAUCAAUUAACUACAAAAAGACAUCAACCUUCCAGAAUGAACCAAAUUGUGAAAUAUUACACAACGUGGUCCACAAUAGUUCUGAGAAUGCAUUGAUGAAAACCUCUUCAUUCGAUUAUGUCUAUCUUGUUGACCCAGAAAAG